AUGGCUGUCGCAAGACCCAUUCGCAUGCUGGGUGCGUCAUGCAUUAUUCUCAUUCUAUUCCUAGUCUUCCAAAUGCACAAGGCACCUACUGCCAACAUUAGUAAGGGGUCCAAAGGGGAGUAUACCGGCAUCCAAAGUGACCCCCUCAAGGAGCCGACCGGAGAACCCGAAGGACAGUUAUGGCGAGCCGACGAGCACGAUUAUGCCCCCGACAGUGCCAACUCCGCCCGGACCAACGCGGCGCUCAUCUCUCUCGUCCGGAACGAGGAGCUGGAAGAGCUGAUUCCGACAAUGCGCGAUCUGGAACGGACCUGGAACAGCAAAUUUAAUUACCCCUGGAUUUUCUUCAACGACAAGCCGUUUACGGAGGAGUUCAAGAAGCGCACACAAGCGCUGACCAAGCGAAAACAAGUACCGAAGGAACACUGGGAUGUCCCCGAUUGGAUCAACAUGGACCUCUUCCGCGAAUCCGCCGAGGUGCUGAAGGAGCAGGGCAUUCAGUAUAGCGACAAGGUAUCCUACCAUCAAAUGUGCCGCUGGAACAGUGGCCUGUUCUAUCAGCACCCAGCCCUCAAGAACUACCGUUACUACUGGCGCGUCGAGCCCAAGGUUCAGUUUUUCUGUGACGUUGAUUAUGACGUGUUCCGAUUCGUAGAGGACCGCAACAUCACAUACGGUUUCACCAUCAACCUUUUCGACGCUCCCCAGAGUAUCCCAACUCUCUGGCCAGAGACGAAGAAGUUCCUGGCCGCGAACCCUACGUAUCUGUCCGACAACAAUAUGCUGGACUGGUUGACGGACGACCAACUGCGACCAGAGCACACUAAUGCUGCAAAUGGAUACUCCACUUGCCACUUCUGGUCCAACUUCGAGAUCGGCGACAUGGAGUUCUUCAGGGGAGAAAAGUAUUCUGCUUAUUUCAAUCAUUUGGAUCGCGCGGGUGGCUUUUACUAUGAACGAUGGGGCGAUGCUCCUGUGCACUCGAUUGGUCUGGGUUUGUUCGCAGAUGCGGCGAAGGUUCAUUGGUUCCGCGACAUUGGAUACAAUCAUAUCCCUUACUACAACUGCCCCAACUCGCCCAAGUGCUCCGGCUGCACUCCAGGCAAAUUCUACGCCGGCGAGCCCUUCCUGGCCAAGGAAGAUUGCCGACCUAGCUACUUCAAACAUGUCGGAACCCAUUAA